AUGGUGUCUCUACUACAUACCGCCAACCGUUCAGGAAAAAGCUGGCUGAAAACUCCAGUCAACAUCAAACGUCUCUUCAUACGGGACGUCACCCCCACUAUAUGUUUUGAUGACUGCAGAGCAAGACCGUGGUUCUCACCUUGGGGCCUCAAUCUAUCUCAAAGACUCUGGAGGCCAGACUCCAAGUCGGGACCAGAUAUAGCCACAAUCGUGGGACCUGUUGUUCCGUCCGUCGUCCUGUUACUGUUGGUUGGCUUUCUUGGGCUUCGUUGGUUCAAGCGAAGGCGAGUAAACAAAGCCGCAACAGGUCCUACGCUCGAUGAAGAAGAGCCCGGGGAAUACAAGCCACAGCUACAUUCUGACUGCAUUAUACGCCCGACUUUUGAGUUGGAAGGGUCUGUGCCUACGGUAACUGAUGAUACUGUUCACACAAAACACGAGGCGGAAAUGGCUGCGAACGAACCAGCAGCACACGAGAUGUCAGGAGAUAAGAAGAUCUCGAGGAAGCUAGUUGGCCUCCAGGUCCCUGGUGGUGACCAAGUAUCAGAGGAUCGGCGCGAUAGCACCGACUUGGCCGAGUAA